GUGGCGGGGGCUCUGGGGCGCAGCCGCCCAAGCUCUCGCCCGAGGCCCGCGACCGCUUCAUGGCCCUCAGCGACGACGACUUCGAGCUGCUGUCCGUCACGCUGGCCGCCAGCGACAAGCACAGCCUGCGACAGUCGCGCUUCUUGCUGCAGCAGCAGCUGGGCGCGCUGUCCGAUGUCAAGUCCGUCAAGUCUGCGCAGGUCGCAGCCGACGAGGCCUGCAAGCGGCUCCAGCAGGCCAAGGCGGACUACAACAAGAAGCAGAAGAUGGUUACGGAGGCGCUGCAGGCAGCGUUCCAGCAGAAGGAGAAGGUCGCGCAGCUGCAGCUCGAGCUGGACGAGGCCGUCUCCAAGGCGAAGGCCGCGCUCGCCAACGGCGCCGAGCCCAAGCCAGCUGCUGGAGGAGCAGAUCUCAGCGGCAUCCUCGGCAACGUGGAGAAGCUCAGGACGCUCGUGGGAACCUCUUCGGAGAGCCAGGGCGUCCAACUUCCAGAGUCCUUGCUGGGACCUCUCCAAGCGCUGCUGGCAGGUGUGUCCGCGCUUGCCGCGCCACCUGAACCAGUCGCUGCUGGAGGAUGCGAUGGAGGAGCUGCACCUGCAGGCCGCGCUGCCGCCGCCGCUGGGGCAGCCGACGAUGCCGCUGAGAAGCCCGUGGGCAAGUCCGAGGACAUGGACCUGGAGAGCGACCCCCUGGCCUUCGCGACGGGCGACACCUUCAAGGCCGCGGCGGAGGACUUCAUCGGCACGGACGCGGAGAAGCGGAAGUUCCUCGAGGAGUUGCAGACCCACCUGCAGCAACAGCACGUCGCCGCGAUGGUGACCAGCAUCAGCGUGGUCAGCGGGUCGCCCGUCUACCCGCACAAGCCAGUCAUCCUGGAGCUGGAGGCGUGUCGCCAACGGCCGUGGGUUCGGGUCGUGCCAGUGCCCAAGCCCUUCCCUGUCCAGCGGCCUGCUGGAUGUGCUCGCGUCGCACACGGCGACCGCUGGGCCGAGAUCGGUCACGAGCUGCAGAGCGUGCUGGCAGGCGCGCAGGAGUCGGAGUGCCUGGACGUUUCCCGUGGGACCUCACCGCCGCCCGUUGCGGGGCCCGUGAGUGAGGGAAGAUCGUGCCACUUGGAGGAGUGUGUGCGGGAUCAGGUCAAGGGUAGCACCGACGUCGAGGGUAACCUCACCGCCGCAUGGCAGAGGUUCCUCGACGCAGCCGAGGACGAGUGGAUCGACAUCUACCAGGUCGAGGAGGACAGUUUCAAGCACAAGGGGCGAGCUCGCCCCGUGGAGCCACGUUGGCUUCGGCGGCUGCCCGUGAGUGGCGCCAGCUGGCCGCGGGUCUCGGCUGAGGCGACAUGGAUGCACCGCGCUGCCAGCCUGCUGCGGGACAUCGCCGACGUGGAGCAGCCCAACGCGCGUCUCGACGCUCUUCGAGGUGCGCGGAGGCUGCUAGACAGAGCCCCAGCCACAGUGAAGGCGGCACCUGAUGCUGGCGAGGUUCUGUCCUGCCCUCAGGUGUUGCCCCAAGCUGUUGCAUGGUGGUCGCUGCUUAGCAACUUGCGCUUGGCGGCGCUGACCCCCGCUGAGCUGCUGCAGCUGCACGCUGGGGCGCAAGCGGUGGCGCUCGACAUGGCUGAGAAGGACAUGGCCCAGCGCACCGUCCAGUUCCAGCACUGGGUCGAGAAGCAGGCCGAAGGCGGUGGAGGUGGUCUACAUGCGGUGUCCCGCCUGCCCGUCGGGUUCGACUCCAGCCCGUACGGCGACGCCGUGGGCGACCAGGACGCCGACGACCACCAGCAGCUGUUCGAGCCCAUGGACCUGGGGCAGCAGGUCACGGCGCUGGAGGGCGUCUUCGGUCGGCAGCUGGCUGUCAUGGAGGCCAAGGCUCCUCCCUGCCCCAGUUGUCCGCAGUGUCCUGCGAUACCGACGCUGCCGGCCUGCACCGCUUGCCCCGGCGCCCCCGCGCCAUUUGCCUCGCCGUCGGCCACCGGCGGACCCGCGGCGCUUCCCGACCUGCGCCUGGUCGUGGCCUUCGCGGGCUUGCUGGUCCUGGCGAGCUGCGGGUACUUGGGCGCGGCCCUGGUGACGGUGUGGGGCGCAGGACGCCCGCUCGGAGUACGCGCGAACACGGCCGCGGCGGCGGCAGAGAGCGUCAAGCCGAUACAGGACCAGGAGGCCGAGCUCGGCAACCUUGCCCAGGGCCUCGGGAUCGAGGCUGGGGAUUUCGGAGCUGAUCAAUAUACCGUGCCAGGCGCUCGUCUGUAUCACGAAGGGCUCGUUCUCAUCGAGCCAGGCGCUGGCACUACCGCGAGCAUGCUGACGCCAGGCGGCGAGAACUACGAGGAGGAUUGGAUGCAGUGGCCGGACAUCGUAUGGCACGGACUGGUCCUUGGAGGGGUUUGCGGCGGCGCUGCACGGCCAGGCGCCGGAGGGCUCGCGGUGCCUGUCUACCGCUUCCAGCACGUGCGCACGCCCGCAGUCUUCCAGGCGCUGGCGCUGUUCCCGCCGCCCUCGCGGGCGCUGCCGGACAUGGUCUUCCCGCUGUCGGCGCUGCAGUUGGUGCGCUGGCCGCUGCCCUCGGCCCCGCGCCUGGAGCUCCAGUCGCUGCCGGGCCAGCCGCAGGAGGAGUGGUUCUACCUGGCGCAGGCGCCGCGGGCGGCUUCCCGCAGGUUGCCGGGGCGGUGGCUGCUGGCGCGCCCGUGGUGGCACCUCUGCCCGUGGGGCCUGGCGGUGUGCUGGUGCCCGCUGGAGCUGCUCCUGCC